CAGCGGGCGAGGGAUGGGCGGCUGGCUUGCCUGCCAGCCAGUCAAGGCCGCGGGGGAGCAUGGCGGGCUGGGGUUCAACCCGGGAGCACGGUGCAUGAGUCAUGUUCUCCGGUCUGCAGCCUAACACCGGCUUCCUUCUCUCCCUUCCUCUGUGCUCCCGCCUGGGUUCUGGGGGCGGGGGUGGAGGGAAGGGAGAAGGACGAGGCAGUGAAGGCGGGGUGAAGGGCAGAGGGGUCCCUGCACACAGCGAGGCGCGCUGCCUCACACUCUCUCUCUCUCUCUCCCCGCCGGGUGCCUCGGCCCGGGGCGCGCUGGGCUCUGGCUGCCCGCCUUAUGCAGGCGGACUACUGGCCGCCGCGAUUGCAGGCCGGGUGGUGCUGAGAGCCGGGCGCUGCCCGCAGUGUCCCCGAGUCCGGCCCGCUGCCCCCGCCCGGGCCACACUCCCCCUCUCCCGCCUCCACUCGUGGCCCCAACCCCUCCUCCACGCCCUCCUCUUCCUGCUUGGCCUCCUCCUCUGUGCCUCUGUUCCUCCUGUUCUUAUCCUGCUCCUGCUGCUAGAGGACACCAGAGCCCAGCAAGGUGAUGGAUGUGGACACACUGUACGAGGCCCUGAAAGUGGAACUCUUGCAUCUAUAAACUACCCGCAGACCUAUCCCAGCAGUACCCUUUGCAAAUGGGAGAUCCGUGUCAAGAUGGGAGAACGAAUUCGGGUCAAAUUGGGUGAUGUUGACAUUGAAGAUUCUGAUUCUUGUCAUUUUAAUUACUUGAGAAUUAAUAAUGAAAUUGGACUUGGCAGAACAGAAAUAGUGCAAGAAUGAAUGCUCCACAAGAAUGUGUGGCUGUCUUUUACAAAGCUGAAGUCUACUCGGAAUUCACUGAUUAUUUUUAUGUGGGGAAAAGUGAUUCUCUGUAAUCUGCAUGAACUUAAUGCAUUUGAUAUUCCCAAAGAGGAAUUAAAUCACAAGGAUCAUCUAAUCUAAACAGUACUGUGAGUAUAAGUUAGCCAGGCAUGGUGAUAAAUGUCUGGAAUCCCAGCAUGUGGGGUGCUGAAGCAGGGGGAUCACCAUGAGUUCAAGGCCAGACUGCAUUACCUAAUGUAGGAAACAGAAGGCUCUGGAGAGAGGACCUCUGUGGCUGAGUGUGGGCAGCGGUUGACUGGAACUGGUGCAGGGCUGGAAGGAGGGGUGAAACACCUGACAUUUGCAAUUUGAAGAGCAGAAUACUUACUCUUUUGGUUCAUGCUGACUGGCUCUGAGACAAAGGCCUGCUGGUGGAAGGACCGGGGAAGAAAAGGCUUCUCAUGUCAUGGUAACCAAAAGGGAGAGUAUGCAAAGAAAAGCCAGAGAAUGAUGGUACUUUUCAGUUUAUGCCCACAUAAUCCUGAUCCUAGCCAGGUUACACUUCUAACAGCACAUGCAGUAGCUAAACUCAUUAGAGGGUGAAUUCAGUGAUGAACAUACUCACUCCACGGUCUACUCACCUUCACUACCCCACCUGAGAUUUAGGGGGGAUGUUUUAAGUAAAUCUUACAAUUCUGUUCUGGUCCUGAAAAGAUUUAUCAUCUCUUUGUGUAAAAUGUACUUACCCAAUCACCAAGAUUCACCAAGGUUUUAAAAGUCCAAGAACUACUUUUUGGAAAAGUCCUAGUCUAAAAUUUCCUUUGAGACUGAAGGCAUACUCUUAGCCAUGAGCCACUGUUAAAAAUAUUUAAAAUACUACCACCAUAUAAUGGCACAUCAUAAACCUUCUAUUCCAAAAGACUGAAAUGAGAUACAGAGAGUUAUGUAGACUGGAUCAAAGUGAGAAUGGAGCCCAGCAUAGUGAGCAUUAAAUUCUAGAGCACUGUGUCCAGCACUCAGGGAAAGUUGUGAGAACAUAUGAGAACCCAAGUUUUUGUGAAACCCGGUCCAUGUGAAUUUGCCUAUUGAAGCCCUCGUGGCCUUUAUUGGGGUGGUUCUGCUAACUGCCUGCACCUUUUCUGACUAGGUGUUCCUCAGACUUGGCAUCUUCAGCUUUCUCAAGCCUCCAUUACACUUUUGGCUUCCCCUUUACAGCUUAAUGACUUACUUUCAGGGCCACACUGCUGGACCUACCACAUCUUCUGAAAUCUGGGUAGAGGACACACAGCUCUUACAUUCUUCUUUCCCAUAAAACCAGCACCAUGUGGAAGAUGUGGAGGUCUGUGGUCAGAUCUGCCAGUUUCCAGUUUCUCUUGGAUCAUGGUUACAAAGACUUCUGAUGCUUGAACUACAGGAAACGCUUUCCUGGAUAGCACUGCAUGAACUUGGCUCCUCAGGGCUCUAGUUCCAAACCAAAGUCUUUCAUUGUAGGACUUUUAGUCUUCUGAUGGGUCAAGUAUGCUUAAUUUAUGAAAUGUUCCUCAGAUAAUUUUCUUACUUUCCUGAUUCAAAGAAUUUGGCUCUUUUUUCAUGCUAAUCUUUUAAACAACUGUACUCUCCUUUCUGCCAACUGUCCCAUGCUAUAUUUCUGAUGAAACUGCAAAUUUUUAAAAUAAUUUAACUGUCAUUUUUUUUUCUCGUUUUCAUAACAGAUCUUGCUAGAAACAGCAAGCAUCCCUAACUAUAGAUGAACUAUUGGGCCGCCUUGAACUUUCCUCAGCCACAUAAAUCCAUCAUACUUAAUCUUAACCUUCUGCAUAGUCUCAUGAUUUAGAUAAAGUUUUCAUUUGAUUUUUUGCCAGAGUAUGACACCCAUGACCAGGAGUCCAACAGCAAAUGGAGUUCGUAUUCCUAACUGGAACUUCCGGAGACUAGCUUUACUGUAUGCAUUCCUAUCAGUAUUCUGUUCUUCUAGCUCUGAUCAGAAUUUCCCACCUACCUUGGCAAACAGUAUUCUAGAUUUUUCUGGUCAGAUUUUCAAACUACUCCCAAGAAUGUCUUCCAAACAAGUGGAAGCCAGUAAGUCCGAUACAUUCACAGAAAUUAUCCCACUUUGUGUAUAAAAAUCUAUUUCGGUGACUUUCUUUCUUGCAGGGACAAAAUAUUCAAUACCCAGAACUUUAAGAACAAAAGAUUUAUUUAGGCUAAUAUUUCACUGUCUGCAAGAGAGAAAUGGCAUGAUGGAAAGGCCUGACAGGAAGAAAUCAGCUCAUGUCAUGGUGGUCAAAAUUCACACAGUGAAUUCGGACCAGACAGUCAUAGAUGCCUCCAGGUCAAGGCCCAGGUACCUGCCUCUCGCCAGACUCUAAAGAGCACACUCAACUGCUAAAUUCACAUUAGUGAAUCCCUUGAUGAGUGUAGUGCCCUGAUGAUCCAGGCAACUUUCAAAACACAAAGUUUGAACACAUGAGACUUUCUGGGAAAUUUUAGAUCUGGCAAAACGGUUGAUAUUAUUUUCAACGUUCAAGUUCCAAUAUCAAUUGGUGGUUCUUUUUAAAUUUUAUUUUAAAGCUCUGUGCAUAAGCUUUCUAUGGAUUCCAAUGCCAUGAAAUUACUAAGAAUUUUUCACACUCAUAACCCCACUCUCCCAGAAUUUAAAGUCUAUUUUCUUUGCCUUUCAACUAUUUGUCAUAUUGUGUCUCAUUUCUUGUAAUAUAUUCGCAUAACAAAAUAACAUUAAUUAUAGGAGCUAGCUGUGUCUUGUUUCAUUCAUUCAUUAAAUCACUUAUGCCACUGGUAUUUAUUGAAAUGUAUUAUUUUUGAUAUAAUAUGGAUUGAUUAUAAAAACAAAGACUAUGGCUACUUUUGAAAAAUAUAUUCUUUCUAAAAGCGAGGGAAAAACAAACCAAAAGUAACAAUUACGUAUUUGCCAAUUGAGGUAAAUGAUGUUCCAAAUACAAGUAACAUAUUAAGAAAACAGUAAAAAUGUAGUAAUUAAAUUUCUCUGCUAUUGUGAAUAUUACCUUUUUUUUCAUCUCAAAUAGACUGCUUAGCAAUUUGGUGUGUUAUAUAUGUGAAUACAGAAAAAUUGGGCCUCCCAAACCUUGCCAAAGUUAACAUUAUAAUAAAAAGCAAAACCUUUUUAUUUCUCAAAUUUGGUAGGAUUAUUAAUGUCCUGAUUCUUAUGCUGAAAUAUUUUGCAACAUAUUUUAAAUUACUGCUUAGCUGUUUCUUUUCACUUGGAAAGAUACUAGAAUGAAUUUAACUAACUUUUUUUUUUCUAAGAGUUUCCUAAAUUUUAAGAUAUACUUGAAUUGAGGGAUCUAAUUCUUGAAAAGGGUCUGAACUGCAAAAGAGAAAUUGGUAUCUCACAAAAUUGUAAACCAUUUUUAAAUCCAGUUAUCUGGCAAAAUGAUUUAGGUAGCUAUAGGCUUGUAGCAUUCAUAUUACCUUGAACAUUGUGCCACCUCUAAUAAGAAUGUUUCAUCAUUCUCUCUAAACUUAAUUCAGCAUCUUGAAAUGAAUAGAGGUAAGUUUCAGUUAAUAUCUAACCCUUCUGCUAAUGAACAUUCAGAUCUCUCAAGGCCUAGGACCAAUUUGACAGUUGUCUGAGUGCUAUAUACUCCAAGCUUCUAUUAAGUGAUAUCAUAAUUUCCCAAAAAGUAAAUGUCAUUUUUGGCAAAUUUUCUGCCAAAGCACAUUCAUUGGCAAUAUGAAUUGAGAAGUUAACUUCCCUAGAGAAAAUUUUUCAUGAACUUUUGGCUAUGUUAUAUGAAAAUAAUCAAUGAAGGUCAUUUUGAAAGUCACAAUAUAGUAUUGUUCAUGUCAGCUUAUUUGAUAACAAGAGAAAAAUUUAAGUGACUCCAGGAAAUUGUACUUUUGUUACUCAAUAUACUUUUAUUAAUAUGUAAAUUUUGGAAUGGUUUUAUUUAAUUGGAAAGUAUGAAUUAUUUAAUAGGUGCAACUAAAAUUACUAACCAUAGUGAAAUGUAUGUACCUACAUCUAUGACUGAAUUCGCAAAAAGUUUGCUAUAACUUACAUGACUAUUUAAAAAGUGUAAAAUUGUAAAUUAAUUUUAACUGAUGAACAAAAAAAUAAAAGUUGUGCAUUGUAA